CGCUUUUCUGAGCAUUGUGAUUUUGAUGUGACCCAAUAACCCAGAAUAGCUUGCAUCCAGUUCCCUAUAUUGCUUCAGCAUGAUGGCAUAGCCUUUGAGGAUGUGGUUGUCAUGACAACCUCCUCCAGAAAAUUCAUAAAACCUCAGCCUUCCCCCCCAUCUGUGGUGCAGAUGUUCACAUUAUCAUGAUGAGGAGGUGUGCUGUAUUUUGUAUAAUACCUUGGACCCGUGGUAUCAUUUAUGGAUAAUGUAUUUUAAACAGUUUCAUGCAUUAAUAGCUCCAUAAAGUCCCAGGGCACCCUGUUUCCCUGUGUGUUCGCUGUAGGAUUUGCCCACGGUAUAACAAGCUCGCCUCCUCCUCUUUCUGCUUGAUGCGACUGAACAACAGCAUUGCACUUCCUGUUGUGCAGCCCCCACAUAGUUUCAUUAGACGCUUGGAUAAUGUUACGUGUUGGAUUAGCAUGGACGAAAUCUCCCCUCAGUACUACUUUUUCAACCAACUUGGCAGGGACCCAGCAAAUCCUUGAGCGAUUACUCCGAGGGAUAACAUUAUUCUGUUGAGUGAAGGGAGUGUGGUUGUUUUUGUUAUCGGUUUUCUUUGCCCGCUAUUUUUGGAUUACAGCGAAGUUUGAGGAUGAUGGGGAAGAACCCUGACCUCAUAAAUCUGUUCAGUCUCCACCCGUUUCCUUUUUUUUUUUUUUUUACAUCUAAUCCAUUGUUAUGUCAGAGAGGAGUGAUCCCACACCACCCCGACAACCACACGUCUGUGUCUCCCUUCAGCUUAAUGGUCCAGCUCAUCUUGUAAAAACUUUCCAUGUCAUCCUUUUGUAUUCCAAUAGCGAGUCGGUGGCUGUUGACCUAAAUAGAUUUUUGGUUUUGUUGGCAAAUAUUCUGCUACAGAAACACAACUCAAUGAUGUAGAAAGUCAAAACACAAACAAAUAUUUAAGUAUUCAACCACCAUGGGGCCAGUGUUUUUCCUGUAUUUAAAGCAAUUCAUUUGUACACUAUAAUGUAAAUUGUGUCUUUCCCUGAAAUCCCUCACAUUGAUAUUGUAAUCACCAGAGCAGCUAAAUAAUAAAUGGUAAAAAUGUUUCAAAAACUGUAAAGGCUCAACAUCCUCAGGCAAUGUCAGAUAAACAGUCUAAAAACUACAGAUUUUCAAGGUAGUAUUUGAUUGUUCCCCGUACACCGUAUACAUUAGGGAAACAAAAUCAUAUUGAAUCAAUUCUGUAGCUGUCAGCGUGAAAGUGCAGCCAUCAGCAAAAUGGAGGAGAAAUCAAUAUGGUACACUGUCUGGGUAUUCCUCUGGAUGUCUUCCAGUGACUGCAUGGCUGAGAGAACAACAAAAGACCAUCUACAUACAUCAUUUAAUUGAUAUCUGAGAUAUUGACUGACUGAAAGCAUUGAGCUAAUGACAUGUUGUGUUAGUUCAAGGACAUAUGGAGUUAUUUUACAGCAACAAGGACCAAACGGUAUCUUUAUGGCCCUAUACACAGUGAGAUAUCUAUAAACUGAAUUUUAAGUUUCAGAUGAAGAAUGCACAUGUUAACACGCCGUUAGUAAAAAAUAAUAUAGGCGAAAUGUUAGUCCCAUUUAAGAACCACAUCAAACACGUGGUCACUUUUAAAAUGUAUCCAUCCACGCUAAAUCACAAUUAUUUGCCGAUGAGUGAUAUUUUUCAGGCUUAUAAUAAAAAAUAAAAAAUGAGCAUGUGGGUUUCCAAUGACCGUGAAACAGCAGAGAGGCGCUGUGAGAAAAGAUGGAGAGGACCAUGAGUUGGAUGCCGCUCAUCGCUUAAAGGAGGUACUUGGAAAUUAUGAAAUGACAUCACCACAGUUUUUGCCUGGCUUUGUUUGGUGCUUUGCGUGACCACGCCUUCCUGCCAGCCCCACCAUAAAGCAGCCAGGCCGCGUGUGUGUGAGCCAGUUGAACUCCAGUCAGUGUGCACGACAACAGCCCCUCUCUACCUCGCUGUUGGAUAAUGCCCGCAGAGCGCCGCUGGUCGCUUUGCGCAGGACUUCCUCAUCAUCUGCACUUUGAACAUUUGCACGUUUUCUAUCCUGAUCACUUCCAAUCACAAAGAUGCCUUUUCCGCCCAUAAGCCUCCACCAGCGGAUCUCCUCUCCGGCCAGGGAACUAUUCGGGAAAAAGAAAGCCAUCGGAGUGCCUCCUCACACCGAGCACACCAGCAAAUCCGGCGGAGAGAAAGGGGGGUCCGAUAAAGAGAAGCAGUCCACUUCUUGGACGGCGGCGAAUUUAAGGAAUUUGGGGCGAAGAGCCCAGCAAGAGAAGCGUAAAAGCUCCGCUCAGAAGGCAGGUGCCGGUCAGGAGACCCAGGAAAAGAGCUCCUGGCUGACGAUACCAAAACCUCAGGACUCAUCCGAGAGAGUCAGGCGCUCCAGCUCCAUGGACUCCGCCAGACACCUCAACGGCAAAGAGGAAGGGAAGAAGGAGAUUCAGUUUACCCUCAGUCUCACACCUGAAGCCAUUCUUGUCAUCCAAAAGCGAAAUCUAGAAAAGCAGAUGAUGGCAAAGCAACAGAAGUGUUGCGCCUCGGCAGACUUCCGCCACAAGCGAGUUUUUCCAUCCAAAAAGACGCACGGAUCGACCAAGGGCUGCGCUCCUGUCGCCAAAGUGGAAAGCGAGGAGCAGGACAUCACCUCCAUCGUUAAGAUAUCUCUGUUGAACGAUCAAUACAAGUACGAUGAUGUGGAGUAUGAAGAAGAGGAUGGAGACGUGGACGAGACUGUCGUGAGGAAAUGUAAAGAGUGGCUCAGAGGGGUCGAAAAUGCCGCUGCUUUGGGAAAAGUUGACAAACUUUCUGCGCUCCCGCACCUUAAAAGCUGCUGACACCUGACAUCAGGGCUUUCUUCUUUCUUUCUUUUUUACACUGCAGACUGAAGGAAUGAUGAACUCGUGAAAAGGGUGCACCGAUGGAGGGCCCGCUGCGAUGGCAUCUUUUACAUUUGAGUAUUAUAAAUGAAACAAACAGGAGGAACAAAAAAAAAAUCCACUCCAGAGGAAUGUCUAUUUGUUUCGGAGUAAUUUGCUAAGUUAUAUAUGUCACAAAUAAAUACACUUAUUGAAGAAAAUGAAAAUAAGUCAUCUGCAUUGGACAUGUGGCAUUCAACAGAAAUAAGAUAUUAAAGCUGAAUUGCAACCAACAGUGCUUCUUAUGGUUCACAGGGAUGCUGCUUUGCGAGUUUAAUGCCUGUUCAAUGUUUUGCUACAGUUUGAACUGAAUACCUUAAUAUUGUCGUCCUUUGCACAUGUUUUUUGUUUUCAGUGGGGUGCCUGUGGAUUGGCAGAGGGGUUUGCGUAAAGGGACGUGAAACCGUUCCUUUGUGCCAGAGAACAAUACGCUGUCAACAGGCAUGAUAGCGCCUGCUGCUGAAACCAAACUGGACUGUUUGUUUGUUCCUCUAAUAAGAGGCUUAUAUCCUUUGUAGGGAUUUAUCAGCGAUGUACAGUAUUUAAUAUUUACUAAAUAUUUGUACUGUUUGACGUUUUCUCAGCUGAUGACUUUAUGCCAUUUUGAAGUAAAACAUUUUUUUUUUU